AUGAAGGUAUUCAUCUGUAUUUUGGCUGUUAUGGCAACUACUUGCUCUGCCGGUUUAUUAGCUGGCAUUCUUGAAGGUGGUAACAGUGGCGGUAGUGGUGGUUAUGGUUAUGGUCCAGGAGGCCAUGGUGGUCAUGAUGGUGGCCAAGUUCAUACAGUUGUAGUUCACCACGAAGAAGGUGGCCAUGGAGGUCAUGGUAGCUUCUCUGGUGGUUUUGAUCAUGGUCAUGAAGAAGUUAAAACUGUUAAAGUGAUCCACGAAGAAGGUGGUCAUGGUGGUUUCUCUGGUGGUCAUGUUGAACAAUUCCAUGGUGGUCAUCAAGAAGUUAAAACUGUUAAAGUAAUUCACGAAGAAGGUGGACAUGGAGGUUUCUCCGGCGGUCACUUCGAGCAUGGUCAUGGUGGUCACGAAGAAGUUAAAACUGUUAAAGUAAUCCAUGAAGAAGGUGGUCAUGGAGGUUUCUCUGGUGGUCACGGUGGUCAUCAUGAAGUUAAAACUGUUAAAGUAAUUCAUGAAGAAGUUGGUCAUGGAGGUUUCUCUGGCGGUCAUUUUGAACAUGGUCAUGGCGGUCACGAAGAAGUUAAAACGGUCAAAGUAAUUCACGAAGAAGGUGGCCAUUCUCACGGUGGUCACUUCGAACAUGGUGGUCAUCAAGAAGUAAAAACUGUUAAGGUAAUCCACGAAGAAGGUGGUCAUGGCGGUUUCUCUGGCGGUCAUUUCGAGCAUGGUCACGGUGGCCACGAAGAAGUUAAAACCGUUAAAGUAAUCCACGAAGAAGUUGGUCAUGGCGGUUUCUCCGGCGGUCAUAUUGAACAUGGUGGUCACCAAGAAGUUAAAACCGUUAAAGUAAUACAUGCAGAUGGUGGUCAUUCCCAUGGUGGUUUCUCCGGCGGUCAUCAAGAAGUUAAAACCGUCAAAGUAAUCCACGAAGAAGGUGGUCACGGAGGUUUCUCCGGUGGUCACUUCGAACAUGGACAUGGUGGUCAUCAAGAAGUUAAAACCAUUAAAGUAUUCCACGAGGAAGGAGGUCAUGGUGGUUUCUCCGGCGGUCAUGUUGAACAUUUUGGUGGUCACCAAGAAGUUAAAACCGUCAAGGUAAUUCAUGAAGAUGUUGGUCACGCCCAUGGUGGUUUCUCAGGCGGUCAUUUUGAACAUGGCCAUGGCGGUCAUAGAGAAGUUAAAACCAUUAAAGUAUUCCAUGAACAAGGUGGCCAUUCUCACGGUUGGAAUUAAGCACUUUGUGGUUGGCUAUGUUAGCCACAUGUGAUUAAUCUAGUCUCUAUGUUAAAACUGUAGAAUCAUUACUGUUAUUGUUAUUUAGUAUGUAAUAUGAACUGUUAAUUAGGAUUAAGUUAAAAAAA